AUGGCAGACGCGGUGAUUGCUGGUCAGCGCGUGGAGGCCCCGGUCACAUGGAAGGCGUACCUUAUGUGCGUGUUCGCGGCCUUUGGUGGUAUAUUCUUCGGCUACGACUCUGGCUAUAUUAAUGGAGUUAUGGGCAUGGAUUAUUUCAUCCAAGAAUUUACAGGAAAGGUCAAAAGCGAAACUCCCGCCGCGCAGUUUGUGAUUUCAUCGUCGAAUAAAUCCCUUAUCACCUCUAUCCUGUCUGCGGGGACGUUCUUUGGCGCUAUUAUUGCCGGUGACCUGGCAGACUGGUACGGCCGUCGCAUCACGAUUAUCAAUGGCUGCGGAGUCUUUAUGGCUGGUGUGGCUUUUCAGAUUGCCUCUACCACCGUGCCCAUGCUUGUCGUCGGCCGAUUGAUCGCAGGCGUUGGUGUCGGUUUUGUCUCUGCGAUCAUCAUUCUGUACAUGUCUGAGAUUUCUCCUCGAAGGUUCCGUGGUGCUAUCGUAUCGGGCUAUCAGUUUUGCAUCACCAUUGGUUUGAUGCUGGCCUCCUGCGUGAACUAUGGGACGGAGAACCGGAAUGAUUCGGGCUCAUACCGUAUCCCGAUUGCCCUCCAACUCCUCUGGGCGAUCAUUCUUGGGAUAGGUCUGUUCGUCCUUCCAGAGUCUCCCCGUUAUUAUGUUCGGAAAAACAAUCUGGCUGAAGCAGCCAAAACCCUCGCUCGCGUGCGAGGCCAGCCCCCGGAGUCAGAGUAUAUCACGCAAGAGCUGGCAGAAAUCGUGGCCAACAAUGAAUACGAGAUGCAGGUUAUUCCCCAGGGCGGCUAUUUUGCUACGUGGUUGAACUGCUUCCGUGGAGGUCUCCGGUCUCCUAACAGCAACCUUCGUCGUGUUAUCCUUGGGACCUCUCUUCAGAUGAUGCAACAAUGGACUGGAGUGAACUUCGUCUUCUAUUUUGGUACUACGUUUUUCCAGAACCUCGGUACCAUUGACGACCCUUUCCUCAUCAGCAUGAUCACCACGAUUGUCAAUGUCUUUUCUACUCCGAUCUCCUUUUACACGAUGGAGAAGCUCGGUCGUCGCCCUCUACUGCUUUGGGGCGCUCUGGGCAUGGUCGUCUGCCAAUUUAUUGUGGCGAUCGCUGGAACCGUGGAUGGAGACAACAGUAAAACCGUCUCGGCGCAAAUCUCGUUUAUCUGCAUUUAUAUCUUUUUCUUUGCUUCCACUUGGGGCCCUGGCGCUUGGGUCGUUAUUGGCGAGAUUUUCCCGCUGCCCAUUCGUUCUCGUGGCGUUGCGCUAUCAACAGCCUCCAACUGGCUUUGGAACUGCAUUAUUGCAGUUAUCACACCGUACAUGGUUGAUAUCGACAAGGGGAACCUCAAGUCCCGAGUGUUCUUUAUCUGGGGAUCCCUGUGUGCCUGCGCAUUUGUCUAUGUCUACUUCCUGAUUCCCGAGACAAAAGGCCUCACCCUCGAACAAGUCGACAAGAUGAUGGAGGAGACUACUCCUCGCACAUCUGCCAAAUGGAAGCCUCACUCUACCUUUGCGACCGAGAUGGGUAUGACUGAGAAAAAUGCGAGUACAACCGUGGAAAGCGCUGCCUAAGGAAUACAGCAAGGAUGUCCCUUCCUUGCUCGUUCGAUUCAGUUCUGUUUUGGAAACAUCUUACAUCCGCCCCGAGUACGCAUUUGCAGGUUGGGACUAGCUUUCACAGAGGAUCGUAAUAGCUAUGGGAAAUAGCAAUGCCUACAUUUACUCUUCUUCUCUCUCCAUUGCCCCUUAAAUUAAUGGAGAGCCACUUUGGAAUUAUCACACUACUGCAUCAUUCAAUAAUGGAAUGUUAAUUUCCCUUGA